CGUGGAAAACAAUACCUGCCACAGUGUCCGACUAUAAGUUUACAACGAUUUUUUUGUUUUCAAAUUUGAAUCCUAGACGCAAUCGGGUGUGGAAGACUAGCUGUUCGGUUUGGUUCUACGUAGAAAUCGGAACCGGAGCUCUGAAAAGUGAAAGUGAUCUAUAGAUCGUGAUGGCGUACCGAAUGAUGUAUCUUCUAUUAGAUGCAUUCUUGCUGUUAUCGGCAACAGCUCUGGCCAGCGGAAAUGCUCAAACGAACCAAAAGCCUGCCUCAGCGUCCGCCCAGACGGGAAAAACUUCGCACGGAAAACGUGAGGUCUCAACGGGGUUUAGUCCACCGGAUUAUACUCAACCAAGUCAGCCGGGAUACAGCUACGGAGUACCGCAAACUUCGUUUAACUUACCUCAAUUUUCGGAAAAUAAAUUCUUCUCCUCACCUUACAAAUUCACUGCUCCGCAACAUCCACAAUAUAACGGAUUCAAUUCCUUCUCUGAAGGUUCAGUAAAAUACAGCAUCGGUUCUAAGGAACUGUCGGAUUUGCUAAAGAUGCUACAUUCUUCGAAUCCCACCAUAUCUAUCAGAGCCAUUCCUUCAGACCACAGUUGGGGAGCGUCAUCAUACAACCCGUUUGACUCUUUUGCGAAUUACAAACCAACAAUGUUCAAGAUCAAUGAGAUCGCUUCACCGUCUUAUGGAACUCCGCUAGCGCCGCCACUGAAUUCGUAUCUUCCAACCAGCUACGGCGAGCCUCACGGUUACGAGCCAUCGUAUGCAUCCAUGAUUAAAGGUCUUAAACACUAUUCCACGUCGUUCAAAGCACCAUCAUCCGAUCUGUAUUCUGGCAACAAGUACAUCUCUGCCAUCAAGCCAAUAACUUCGCAACCGAAACCACAGGUCGCCUCCCCGUUGCAUACAUCGGUUGAGAUCCACAGACCCUUCAAACCGUCAACUUUCCUUGGAACAACCAGUGAGAUUCCGGAUUACUCGCACUCCCAAUCUUCACCUCCGUCAUCUCACAACUCCUACAUAACGCCUGCCUUACAGUACCUACCACCCCCGAAGAGUCCCAAUAAGGUGACAUUUGAACAACCAUCGAAUAGUUAUCUUCCCCCGCAUCAGCCAUCCAAACCCAACAACGCAUAUCUUCCUUCCAAGCCGUCCAAUACUUACCUGCCGGCCGUUUCCACCAAUUCCCACAGCUCGGAGGAAUCCCGCGAGUCUUAUGACUUCAGCGGAUCGUCGUCGGUACCUUCCGGAGGACACAGCCAAUACCACAAACACCCCUGGCAACCGUAAACCAAGAAUCGCCAAGCAGCGGUCCGACAACUUGAUGAUGAUGAUCCAAAGACGAUUCUAGAGAGAGAGAGAAUUACAAAUGUUCGUAUUAGGGCUAUGCUGAUAAGUUAUUUGAAGUGUGUAUAUGAGAUGCGAAGAAAGAGAGAAGGGCAAAGUAAAUGAUAGUAGUAUUUUGUGAUUAGUGUGUAUAUAUUCAUUAUCCUGUGAAUUAUGGUCCAAUAAUUUUUAGCGACAGGUUGUUAAUCGAAUACCCCAGUACUGACAUUGUUGAAUUAUACACUUUUAGCGAUGCGGA